AUGAUGCGGCGUGGGUCGAUGGCCAUGGUCGGUGGUGGCGAACCGCUGAUCGUAGUGGAAGAAAGCGGUGCCGAGGAUGCAGAGUCUUCCCCGAGAUCUUCAGCUGCAGCGCGAGGCCUCUCUAUAGAUCAGGAAUCGCCACCAGAUCCCUAUCACCUGUCACCAUGGCGCGACAACCGCAAGCACUCUCUACCAACGCCAUCCUGUACUUCUGGGCCUACUGCCAGCCAGGUGCGGCGACUGUCAGAAAGAGGCGAGGGCGCUGCAAGAGAGGCACGUGAAGCAGCUUUCCUGGCGACCCUGAGUCAGGCACCACCACAGCCCGGUGGAAGGAGACAUUCCGUGGUCACAAUAUCUCGAGUUCCACAAGCUCUGUUCGGGCGUGGACGUCGCGAGUCCAUCGCAGCAUUCCCAGCGCUGGGACGCCGCAGAGACUCAGGUUCAAAAAAAUGUCCACCAGCAACCGAUACUUUAGGCAGCACUCACAACCUACAACUGGAUAUAAUGGAUGAUAUAGUCCAAGCUCGCAAAGUGCGCAUGCGUCUUUGGAACACAUCGAACGAGCGAGUGUGCGAGGUGCAACCGCUGGACGAGCGUUCUCCGAUAGGUGGUUCCGUCAGAUACACGAAUCGUGGCCGCAGACACUCGGACUUCGUCGGUUCACCACUCCCUCCGAUACCAGCCCGACGUCGUGCUUCUGAAAUGCCGCCACCGCCUCCCAUACCACCACGCAGCGGCGCUGGAGUAGUCUGCACCGACACUGACUUGCAGCACAUGCUCAAUGCUCUCACCUCUUCAGCUACCGAAAUAGAUCGUUGCGGCAAACAAGAACGCCCUCCUCGCCGCCUAGCUGACAUGCGGUCAAGUAGUUUUGACGCCUCCACUCUCGGAGACCAACCAACAAAUUCGGGAACCACAUGGUUCACCCGCAGACACCAAACACUGGCCACUAAAAAGAAGGAAAGUGAACCAAAGAAGGGAAAAGUGACAUUCGCUGCAGACUCGAAGCAAGCGCCAGGGGAUGCCGCCAAAGUAGUUUGGGAUAAACCAACAGGAUCCGUUGUUGACGCAAGUGCCCUUGGAAGUGCUAUUGAAGUAUUUUUAAGGAAAAGUAGCGCAAUAGAUCCAGGAGCUUCGACAUCUGGAACGGCUGCCAAAGAUUCUUCUUCUAAAAAUAUCGAGACAGCUUCUAAGCCACGAGACAUUCCAGGUCCGAGUCGUGUUACCGGGAGAAAUGAAGGCGAGCGCUGGUACACGAACAGGCCUGAGGAGGAGGAGCCAGCGCAAGGGUGUGAUGCCUCCCUCUGCUCUUCUCUCAAAGACCUCUUCGUGUAGACCGAUCAGCGCAUUUAAACUCUUGUAAAUUACUACCUUUAGCUGUCGCGUGCGCAUUAGUUUCUGAGAGAGUGAGUGAAAGGAUCGCGGUGUUCUACACCCGUUGUACUUUAUGAAUCUUUCAAUGUGAUAGAUCGCGCGCUGACGCCGGUCGUCUUGAGUCGACUCACGACCGACGCCUGCGAUGCGCCAAGUAUUUUUAGAAUAAAUUCUAUUUUCAUUGUAAAUUUUUUGAAAUUAGCGAUCAGAAUAUUGACUUAUUGUUAGAUAGAUAGUGAAUUAUAUUCGUAAUGAUAGGGCGCGCGCUUUUCCACGCCUAGAGCGGUCCCCCCGCGCGCGCCCCUCCCCACCCGUCUCGUUCAACAUUUUGUGUCUUGUAAUCCACCAGUGUUACCAUUAAAAUUAAAAUUUUAAUCAUAUAGCAGAUGAUUACGGAGGAGACUUCGGGAGAAACGUACGCUUAAUAAACAAAGGUGACAUUCUGUCGUCUUUAAUCAAUAAAGUUUUUAUCGAUGUUA